AGAAACGGGGAGAGAGCUACAGGCAGAACGACCUGAUCCUGUGCUAGCUUGGUUGUGCCUGUAGGGACCUUGCACAAGAGCAGAAGCAUUGAUUGAAUCUCGGGCUGGGCUGGGACGGGAGUGACCUAAGGCACAGCACAGUACAGGGGCGGUAGAGGUAGAGGAGGGAGGUACGUACCCACUCAUCACCGCUCCGACUGGAACCUUGAAUUUCAUCUUUCUUUUGCAUCUUCACUUACCUUUCCUCGGACAAACCCCAUAAACAACAUCGAAUAAUCCAGCUUCUCCCUCGGAAAUAGGUUGGCUUCCCGGGAGCCUGCUGACUGCUGUCUUAAAUUACGCUUCAUAUCGUCAACUGCGACCUUUCAGCGACUCUGCGCCUUUUGCGGCGCUCUCUGGACUCUGGACCAUGGUCGCUAAGGAAUUCCUCGACUCGGAUAGAGUCAACUUUCUUGUUUGGAGAUUUCUUCUUGAAGGCAAUUAUCGAGAAACUGCUGCCAAAUUUCAAAAGGAGUGGCACGUCAAGCAACCUCACAGGGAAUUCGCCUUUGCGCGCCAUGUCAAGAGCCAUGCAUUGGUUUCAGUGAUUAAUCGCGGCCUUGUUUACCACGCGCUUGAGCGGGAGCAUUUACGAAAACUGCUGCCUCAGGAUGCCGCAGCGGAAGCAGCCGACUCGCUACAGAUGGGCAUUUUUGGACCUCUAGACGCGCAUCCGCAAGGAAGAAUUGAGGCAGACGAAGAGGAAGACGCGGAAGGAGAGGAAAUUAUCGAAGAGGAGGUUUCAAGAAAACGAGCCCCUCAGCAAUUAUCGAAUGUGUCACCAGCAAAACGACAACGGUUAAGUAAUGGCUUGGAGAAUGGCGCCGAUGUACUGGCUGCAGUAACGGUGCCAGCAUCAGCACCAACGACAACAGCAGCAACAGGAACAGAGACCACCACAACAGCACCGGCACCAGUAACGACACCUAUGGAAAUUGACAACCAGCCCGAUAACCAUGCAUAUCCUUCGCCUCUCGAGGGUGAGCAGGCACCAGAGCCAAUGGUGCGGACUGACGGCCCUGAACAGGGUACCCAGGUAGACAAGGUCGAGGAGCUGGCUCCAGAGACGACCUUUAUCCGUUUGGUAUACGACGGCCAGAAUCAGAUUCAAGGAGACCGAGGCGCUACGCCAUCACCUUCCUCGCCUUCUGGGCAAGAUAAUGCUCCCAUCCUUCUGCGAUGCGAGUGGAACCCAAGAGAUCCGUCCAUCCUCGCGGCUGGUGGCACCGAUGCGCUAGCCCGUGUUUGGACGGUCCCUCGCGCGGGCCCCAUCGAACCGGGCCAAGAUCACGUGUCACUCCAAGGCCACUCCCUUAUCGAUCGUGAUGUGCCCCGCGAUACCAUAACGACGGCCAUGUCGUGGACCAGCGAUGGCGCUGCAAUCGCAGUAGCCACGGACUCGAGGAACCAUGCCUCGAUCAAUGUGUGGUCCGCUGAGGGCGCACAUUUGCAGUCAAUGGAAUUAUCAGAGCCUCCAGUUAUCAAGAUGUUAUGGAACCCUAACAAUACAGCUCUACUAGCCAUUUCCCCAGACAAGGGUGGUACUCUUAUUACCGUUCACUACCCGCCCGCUGGAAACUCUCUGUCAUAUGUCCUCCCGGACCACAAUAUUGAUGCUACCCCUUUCGAUGCCGCGUGGACUGGAGAAGCAGAAUUCUUGCUAUGUGGUGGCGACCUAAUGAUAUGUCUCCAAUGUACAGAGACAACGAUAGUGCAGGCCAGAAAAUUUGAGACCAAGGACGAUGAUCUAUUUUCCCAGGUUCUUUUUGACGGACGUUCGCGACUGGCCGCUACGUCCAGCGACAAGGGCACACUUGACCUGUGGGAUGAGAGUGGUCAAAGAAGGUCUAUCUCUGCGCACCAAGGUACCAUUACUGCGAUGCAAUGGCAACCUCUGCCCGAAAACCAACCUGGACCUGAUGACGAGCGUUUGAUUGCGACUGGAGGAGACGAUUGUGCGAUUCUUAUUUGGAAUGCUCGAAUGCCCGAAAGCAAGCCUAAGUGCUUCUUGACCAUGGAUUCACCAAUUAUGAGGCUCGCUUUCACGCCAGAUGGUGCAUUUAUCGCGGGCGCGACGUCAACUCAGAUCUUGAUUUGGAAAGUUGGAAGUUACGCUGUGCCGCGAGCAAGCUGGAGUCGACCGGUGCAUCCUGGCUGGCUCAGUCCCAAGGCUAGUGCCGAGACGGACGAAGAAGAUGAGCACUGCUUGUGCUGGGAUGCCGAUGGCCACAAAUUGGCCUAUGGCUCCAAUAGCAGGGUGAGUCGGGGGACGAUACUAUAUGCUUAGUUUCACUUUGCUAACCUUUGAAAAGCUUGCUAUCAUCAACUUCCGAA